ACUGCCUCACCGCCUAGCGGAAUCCUUGGUCAGUAUUCAGUUGAGUAAUUUCACUGCUGGGAGUGCCCAUCGAAGUGUCAGUUCAUUCUUUUGAAAACCGUUCUAUUAUUGUGAUUUGAUCAAUUAAGGAGAAUGUCAUCCCGUAAAACAGCUGGACGUCGUGGGACCACAAAGAAGCGUGCACAACGAGCAACUUCCAAUGUUUUUGCCAUGUUUGACCAGGCUCAGAUUCAAGAAUUUAAAGAGGCCUUCAACAUGAUUGAUCAAAAUCGUGAUGGAUUCGUAGACAAGGAAGAUCUGCAUGAUAUGCUUGCAUCUCUUGGUAAAAACCCAACUGAUGAAUACUUGGAAGCCAUGAUGAAUGAAGCACCUGGUCCCAUCAACUUUACAAUGUUUUUGACAUUGUUUGGAGAGAAACUGCAGGGUACUGACCCGGAAGAAGUAAUCAAGAAUGCUUUUGGGUGUUUUGAUGAAGAAAAUACUGGGUUUCUCAAUGAAGAAAGGUUGAGAGAACUUCUAACAACCAUGGGAGACCGCUUCACUGAUGAAGAUGUAGAUGAGAUGUACCGAGAAGCUCCCAUCAAGAAGAGCAUGUUUGAUUACUUGGAGUUUACCCGUAUUUUGAAGCAUGGAGCCAUUGAUAAAGAUGAUUAGGCUGUUGCAAUUGCAACCAUGAUGAGAAAUGUUAUCAUCUGUGUCAAUAUCAUUCCCUACACAGAUUGCCUUCCAUAACCUUACUUCUUAUUGUAAUUCAUCCUCCGAAUAUUUCCCCCCAUACCAUAUGCUACUAAUGAAGGGCUUUUGCCUCUUUGACCACUGCUUCAACUACAGUUUUAUGGCUACGCUGGCUUAAAAAAUAAAAAUAUUCACUAACUA